AUGGAUGACUCCGAGAUAAACAUGGUCCUGGAGGCGGUCGGGGCUUUGGACGGGGACGUCGUCCUCCAGGAUCUUCUGGACUGGAUGCAAAAGGACUCCUCUGUGCUGGCAAGGAAGGUGAAGGCGGGGGAGCAGAAUGGCACAGACUUCUGGCUUGUUGGGAGCUCCGUAGUGCUCAAGGUUCACGUUGCGGGUGUUGGGGACCUGGAAGCGUUACCAGUCGCCCGAUGA